CCUCCGACAGACCGGCCCUUCAUUCCCGCACAAAGCGCGCGGCAUCCUCCAGCCUCUCCGUCCCGCCAUGAAACAGACUCUGAGCGAACUGAUGAGGAUGAGCAGGAUAUGCCGGAUGAUAUUUGCCACUUGUUUGGGAUCCUUUAUUCUGGUCAUCUUUUAUUUCCAAAGUAUGUUUCAACCAGUCAUGCGGAGGAACCCCUUCAUGGUGGAAGGCUGCUGUAGGAAAGGAUCCCGCAAUGCCCUGCAGGAGCUCUACAACCCCACACAGACGGAGUUAUCAGGAGCUGCUCUCCUCCACCAGGCCAGGAGGGAUCAGGUAGUCGAUGCCUGUCGGGUCUACAGCGCAUCGAGUCGUAAGCGGAGAGUCCUGACACCCGGAGACCUCAAACACCUCGUGGUGGAUGAAGACCAUGAGCUUAUCUACUGCUAUGUCCCCAAGGUGGCCUGUACCAACUGGAAACGUGUCAUGAUGGUGCUUACAGGCCGGGGCAAGUACAGUGACCCAAUGGAAAUUCCUUCCAAUGAAGCCCACGUUCCCUCCAACCUUAAGACACUGAAUCAAUACAGCAUUGCCGAGAUCAAUCACCGCCUCAAGAACUACCUCAAGUUCCUUUUUGUUCGUGAGCCCUUCGAGAGGCUGGUUUCUGCAUAUCGCAACAAGUUCACCCUCAAGUACAACUCAUCCUUCCACAAGCGCUUUGGCACCCGAAUCAUCCGCCGCUACCGCAAGAACGCCACGCAGGAUGCCCUGCUCAACGGGGCUGAUGUCAAAUUCAAAGAGUUCAUUGAGUAUCUGGUGGACCCGGCCACACAGCGGGACGGACUCAACGAGCACUGGCAGACUGUGUACCAGCUCUGUCACCCGUGUCACAUCCACUAUGACAUGGUGGGCAAGUAUGAGACACUGGAGGAGGAUGCAAACUACCUGUUGCAGCUGGUGGGUGUAGGUGACUCCCUGCGCUUCCCGACCUACGCCAAGUCCACUCGUACCACGGAUGCUAUGACGGCUCAGUUCUUCAGCAAUAUCAGCACUCAGCAGCAGAUCCAGCUCUACCAGCUUUACAAGUUAGACUUCCUCAUGUUCAACUACUCCAUACCCAGCUACCUGAGGUUGGAGUAAUGGUGGACAGAGAUGGGACUCUGAGAGCGGCUGAUUCGGUCAAACAGAUAAAAGGAAAUGAGCGAAGGGCAGAAUUUUAUGGGAACAAACUUGAUUUAAAAAACUGUAAAAUUGAUGUGUAAACAGGUGCCGGAGGUGUGUGAUUUUCUGGGAAUAAUUCAGAGGAUGUUCAGUCAGCACUGACUGGACAGGGAUGUGGGCUAAAUGGACUAGACGCAUGCAAAGACUGAAAUGUGUGGGUGAAGCAGGUCUUCAUGGUUGUUAUCCUCAGAGGAUGGACUGGAUGAGGGAUUCUCCUGAUGUUGUUCCCUACACGUUUAAGCAAACUGCUGACAAAUUAGGCUGCUUCAGAUUCUGCAAAGCAAACAGCGUCCUCGCACGUGCCCUGACCCCAAAGCAUUACGGGGGCUAAGUCUCCCCCUCCUUCUGAUCAAUAUAGAAACUCCGCCAAAUUGUAAGACACACUUCACAUCUUCCACCGAGCUCUCGGCGUGGCGAGCUAGUACCCAUUAUGCUUGCUCUCAUUAGAUUCAUACAGCUGAGAGGGAAACUGCCUCAUCACCACCUCGAGGAUUACUGCAGUUGAUGGCUACGAUUCCACUCUCAAGACCUCCACAUUAGUAGUGCGGCGGUGCAGCCUGCAGCCGACAGCUCGCUGUCACUGGUUUCACAUUAGUUUGUCGGCCCUUCUGCCACAGCAGUGAAGUGCUUACGUAUCAUUGCCUGUAACACCAAGCAUCCUUAAUACUUUGAGCUACAGAACGUGUCUGGAAAGGUACAGGAUUCGCUCAGUGGGCGCACCAGCCUGCCUCUAACCUACAAGACAAGAGACGGCCUGUGUGGCUGUUAAAGGGUUAAAGGUGCUGAGUCUCAUUACCGCCAUGCCCUGCAUAGAGGAGCUUAGUGGACGUGCCCCUGCUCCAACAACCAAACCUGUUUUUCAGUAAAUGAUCCUCUCUUCUCGUCUUCAUGCUUUAUUUGUUUUUAUUGUCUUAUGAAUCACUGCUGCGAGCAGCAAUGAAAAGAUUAUUUAAUUUGCUUUGUUGUUGAAACUAAGAUGGAAAGAAUUUAAUAUUUUAUUUUCAUGGGCUGAAAAACAUUUAGGACACUUUAGAGAAGUUCAAACUUUUGUUCUGUCAUUCUGACUGUCAGCGUUUUCAUUUCUUGUGGUACAUUUUUGGCCCUUGGCUUUGUCUUUCUGUGCUUCAGAUCAUUCGAAAUUUAUGUUUUUUUACAUUUCUAUUGUCAGACAUUUGGUGCCAAAAUGGCUGAGGGCCUCAGAGACCCACAGUCACUGUUAAGUACACAUCAUUGCCAUUUAGGACAUCCCAAAGAAGACAUGUCAACAAUCGACAUAACAGAGAAAGGAUCCUGUAAUGUGAUUAAUGUUGUGUAAUGUCAAUAACUACACUCUUCAUCACAGCCUGGUGUGUAAGUAUUUACGCAGGAGGGAGGAGGGGCUGCCUGUCACACACUAUAGCGACAGAGGGAGUCGUUUUGUGUUUUAUACCAAUUUGUAAAUUUCAAUCCACUCCAGCUUCAAAUUAAGAGACCUUGUUUCUAUUAGCAGUGCAUAUGAGUGUACCAGAGACGUUCUCUAUCUCUGUGCUAGUAAGAAGAAGACAAUGUAAAAAAAGGUGUUUUAAUUGUGAAGCUUUAUUGGUAAUGAUAACUAACCACCUAUCAGAGCUGAUAUGCUGUAUUGCCAUGUUGUAAACAAAUACCAAACUCCCGGGUCCUGCUCUUGAUUGUGAUGAUAUUGCAUUAUCAGAUCUUGAAAACCCCUGUAGUCAUCAUUAUUUAGACGGUUCCUUUAUCACAAACCAAUCUCAAAGGGCUGCGCAAGCUGUAUAACAUAAAGUCUAACAUUAUGGGUGUCUGGAUCCACAGCGUUAGAAUAUUUUAUUUAUAUAGCACCAAAUCACAACAACAACAAUCACCUUAAGGUGCUUUAUAUUGUGAGGUAAAGACCUGAGAAUAAUAGAGAGAACAACAACUGCCUUUGAAGCACUUUGGCGACAGUGGGAAGGAAAAACUCCCUUUUAACCCUCUCAGGCUCAAAUUAAGUUUUUGUUGCUAAUGCACAACCAAGUCCUGCAGUGGUACUUCUGAGUAAAAAAAACUCAUAAAAUAUGUAUGUGGGGUAAUCAGGUUGUUAGUGUUUUAACUGUUGCAAAUCGGCAACGCCUGCCUUGAGAGGGUUAACAGGAAGAACCCUCCAGCAGAAGCAGGCUCAGGGAGAUCAGCAGAUCUUGUGGUUAAUAUAGUCAAUUUAAUUCAAUUCAGGAUAAUUCCAUGUUUUUGUAUCACACCAAAUAACAACAACAACAAUCGCCUCGAGGUGCUUUAGGUUGCAAAGUAAAGACCCUCAAAAUGUGAAAUGUUUGGCUUUGACGAGAGCGUUCCAGCGGUGAUGACGUGGUGACGGUAGGGUUAUCACAGCUUGGGCUUGAUCACUAAUUUUGAUCUCAUCCUGAGAGAUUAGCAAAACAAGCGUAAAUAUAUAUAUAACACUACUGAUUGUACUUCAUUAAGGAUUUUGAUGGUUUUUGAGUCACUAGCUCUUUGGAGUUGCAGUAUGACGUUUCCUUUCUGAUAGAAUAAAUCCAGGUCCACUCUACUUGAAAACUGUCUCAUUAUGACCCCUGGUUAGUCAGCACAUCUAAAUCAGAUUACACAUACGCCUUUUUCCCCCUUGGGCUGGAUGUUUUAGCUGCAAAUCCCUUCUUGUUGCUUUGGACUCAUUGCUGGUGUCCAUUUGUGCACAUGCCCGUGUCUGGAGGUUCGAAUAAAACAGCCUUAGUUUUCCUUUUUAACACCCACAGACAUCUGGCUCUAAUAAAGGAAAGAGUCUACUGGGCUGGCAUGUUGCCCCGGUCCUCAUCCUCCAGCAGAAACAAUGGUUAUAUUCUCAUCUGGGCCUCCUCCUGGGUCAGGCGCACACAAAUACACUCACACACCAGCACUGCUGCUGAGGUUAAUGCCACGCAGCGUCUUACUCAGCAGUUAUAGGGAAAGCCACGAGCAGGCAGAACCUCACACUGUCAGAGCUCAGUUUAAACUGCUCAUUUUGCGCCCAGAAUGAAAGACAAACAAUGCACAAAGGACCUCUUAACCUGCAAACAAGCCAUUACAGCGGUCUCUCUUCGCACUCCGGUUUCUCUCCUCCUACAUCGCUCCAGAAGCGGCCCCCUGGUUUAAAAACAAAACCAGAACAAAAAGGCUCAGUGUCAGUGAUCAGUACUGUCCAUGCAGGAAAACGCAGCCUGCUUAAGCAAACAGAGCUGCUUUAAAAAGCCCACAGGGACUCCAGCAGCCCUGAGAGGCCCCCGCUGCCUCAGUCUCUCAGUUACAAACAAGCAGCGAUAUUUAAAGUUAUUUUUUCCUCCAUAGUUGUGUCUAUAUUGAAGACUAGCUAGUGGGUAUAUUCAUGUUGUUUCUGAACGACGUCUGCUUUUAGACUGAACUACACAUUUGCUGUCUUCUAACAGCAGUUUUCCUCUUGAGGAUGAGUAGAUGAUGUUAUUUUUCUGCUUUACUUUUAUUUUUAUUUUAUUGUAUUGACACCCAGAUUUUGUAAUUACAAGAAAGAAUCGUUUCAGAAGCGGGAAAAUUGUGUUUGAAGUGAAAUUUCCUGAAAAUUUGAUGGUAGAAAGUUCAAAUGGAAUACUGACUCAGUUCUGUGCUUUGGAGUGGUUUGUCAGUGUGCCUGGCUCAUGAUAUAUACAGUGUAAAAGAUGGACAUAUCUAAUAUAAUCUGAUGUAUUUGUUAGUGACAUUCAGCUAUGCAGGCUGGAGCUGAGCAUUUCUGUCAUUCUGAGUGAAAACAGGAGACACGGUGCAACACCUGGCCUUGAAUUGUCCCAAAGGCUGAGAGGACUCUUUGUCAGUGAUGAUGUCAACAGGUUAAGUCUUUUAGUGUAAAUACACUUAUUUGGUCAGGUCAUUUAUUUGUUUUUUGCUUUCAGAGUUCAGAUUGUUAACAUGCUAAAAAAAGAGCUGAUUAUAAAGGUAGAAGAUACAAUUUAAGUGGGUGAGCACGCUGCUAUUUUGGCUAAUGACCUGCUCGUUUUGUCACCUGUUUCCCCCCAAACGCUGCAAGCUCUCAGUCGGCUCACUCGCUAACUCACAGCAGUGGAGACACAAAGGUAGUUUCAAACUUGUUUUCUUAGUGUGUAAACACAGUCUCUCUCUCUGUGGGAUACUUUUCAUCAGCAGAGACACCAUAUUUGAAAAUAAGCAUCAUAUCAUCAGCACAGAAGGACAAAGCCGGGAUGAUUUCUUACAUUCGUUCUCUGCCUGUGUCGUGUCAGACAUAUCUGAGUCCCAGUACAGGAUAUUUUUGUACAGUUCAAACAUGAUGUCAUUCAUUCUGCUGUUGUUUUUUGAGCUGUGACGUUUGUAUGUGAUAUUUAUGACUUACUUUGGUUGCCUCAUACAUACACACACAGACACACACUACUACUCUCAUUUUUCUGUGCCUUUCAUUCAGAGGCGACACAGAGACACAGUGAGGCACAACACCUAUUUCCUGCAGUCACAUUAGGACAGAAGGCGUACAUGCUCAGUUAUAACCUUACUCAUACCUGCAAUAAAGAAGUGACCCCAUCAGGUAUGACUUCAGCUUUAUUUUUAGAAAUCUGUGGGACGGACAAAAUGAUCCUGGAAACUUUGUUCUAAAACUACAAACAAACGAGUGUUCGUCAGAAGCUGCUCAGUUUAUUACAGCUUGGAUUAUUUGGAGUAUUUUGUCCAACAAACUGGUAAUACCAGUAUCACCACAACAGGAUAGUGUUAAAGACACACAAGUCAGAGCAGUCAAAGGAUGAAAAAAGUUGUGGACAUUUUAUCCCCCACCAGUUGCAAGCGCUUGGAAGUUGUUGGCAGUCGCUAUAAAAUCGACUGUCUCAGUGUUGUAGGCCUCUAAGUGAGCCGCUGGUUGCAAGAGAAACGUGGGUAUUCCCUGACUGGUUGGAGAACAGUUGGAGGUUUUUUGACUUCACCCAGUGGCUGCCAGCAGCUUCCAGCAACCACUUGCCAACUGGUUGGGGAAUAGACAUUUUCCCCUCGCAAACAGAUGUUGCCAGAUGGGUGCGACUGGUCUCUAGACUUAAACCACUUUAUUUUUAGGUCAAACAGCAACAGACUCAGCCAAAAUAUCUGCAACAAUCCCAACAACUAGCAGAGCAGAAUGGUAUGAAUAUAUGCAGCACAGAUUUGUUAUCCAACUAGCACCAGAACAAGCUAACAUUCUGACAGUUGAAAACUUUGUUAAAUAUAACCGUACAAAAUUAACUAUCAAAUGUAAAUCUUUCUAAAGUGUUUAUGAAGUACACAGGCCGAAAACGGUACCUACAUAGUAAAAUCAGAUUUCCAAAAAAGUUAACCAUCUUUUCCCAGUUAUUGAUCCUGUUUAAGAUGCAAAUAGUUAACUUGGUUGUAACACUGUUACUCUUGCCAAUAAAUAUUUAAUAGCAAUGACUCCAAAACUAACAACCCAAGUUAUAAUAAACUGAGAUGGUGUUUAUUAUAAGUGAUCUUAGUCAGUGUUUGAAAAGUUAGACGAGAGCCUGAGUAGGCCUGCCCUUCGCAUGCUCAGUGACAUCUAGGCACGUUUUCAAAUCAGUUAGCAUUAGCAUGGGCAUGACCUGACCUGGCCAAGCAGGUUUCACGUGUCUCUGUGUCGCCCUGACGUUGUGUACGUCCUCCUUCAGCAGAGGUCCCACACCUCUCGUGAUUCCAGCUGCUUCCCGUGCUGCUCAGUGGCACGGAUGUUGCGCUGUAAUGUGUGGGUGACCUUUUAAUUUAAACGAUCAGUGUGUGAUGCUGCGUUAUUCCAUAUCAUCAGCGUCUUCACCAUGUGUGCUGUAUCAAAGAGCUAUGUGUCAGUGGAGUUUGUGCACGUGUGUGCACGCUACCACUGCUCCAGGAAGUCCAGACCCUCAUUCCAACAUGUACCAUUAAUUUAUUUAUUUAUUCCUAGAUACCGGCCCAUACUGCUUCCCUGCUCACGUUACCGUGGCAACACACCCAAAUUUUCUAUAUGUUGCUUUUCCUCGUGGGACAGCCUCUCGCUGUGCUCUUUUACUCUGUUCAUUUUCAGGUGUACUUUCCAAAAUCAUGAAUAAUGAAUAAUGUACACUGUGUGGGAGAGUGGGGUGGAUCCUACAGCAGCGUGACCCGCGGUUUAUCCUGUUUUCACAAUAA